UCUUACGAGGAUCACAUGAUCACGUCACAUGCGAUUACCUCCAAAUCAAACAAGACGCCAACCGAAUCACACAUGGGAGGAGGAAUUGUAUAAGAGGAGGGAGAAAUCAAUCGCUCGUGGUCUCGUGGAUUGCGAUUUCUCAUCGGUGGAGAGAGAGAGAGUCCUGCUCGCUUCUCUCUCCUCUCGCAAGUCCAAAUCCCCAGCCCCAGGACAGAAUGGAGAGCUCCAACGGCAAGCCGCCGCAGGGGGAGGAGGAGGCGAAGGCGGCGGCGGCGGUGGCGGAGGGGUCGAUUGGAGGGUACGAGUCGCUGCACAGGCUGCUAGAGUCCAACCUCUCCCCCGAGCUCUUCAAGGAAGCAAGCCGGUUGCUGUUGGGGCUGAAUUGUGCACUCCCUCUUCAGACUAUUUCACUGCCUGGGGUCACAACAGCUCUUGCAGAAGAGCAUGAUUUUGAUGUGCAGGCAUACCGUUUUAAUGCUGACAAAGAGUAUAUAAGGCAACCACGAAUUGUUCGAGUUGGUCUAAUUCAGAACUCAAUAGCUGUUCCAACGACUUGCCAUUUUGCUGAUCAAAAGAAGGCUAUCAUGGAGAAAGUAAAACUCAUCAUAGAUGCAGCUGGUGCUUCUGGUGUCAAUAUUCUGUGCUUGCAGGAAGCGUGGACAAUGCCUUUUGCGUUCUGCACGCGUGAGAAACGAUGGUGUGAGUUUGCCGAGCCCGUUGAAGGAGAGUCUACUCAGUUCCUUCAAGAGCUUGCACAGAAAUAUAACAUGGUAAUUAUUAGCCCUAUCCUUGAAAGGGAUAUAAACCAUGGAGAGAUUAUAUGGAAUACUGUUGUUGUAAUUGGAAAUAAUGGCAAUAUUAUUGGCAUUCAUCGAAAGAAUCACAUCCCGAGAGUUGGUGACUUCAAUGAGAGCACAUACUAUAUGGAAGGCAACACUGGGCAUCCGGUGUUUGAAACAGCAUACGGAAAAAUUGCUGUGAACAUCUGCUACGGAAGGCAUCAUCCCCUUAAUUGGCUUGCAUUUGGCCUCAAUGGAGCUGAAAUAGUUUUCAACCCCUCUGCAACCGUCGGUGAACUCAGUGAACCAAUGUGGCCUAUUGAGGCAAGGAAUGCGGCAAUUGCAAAUAGCUACUUUGUCGGAUCAAUUAACCGGGUAGGCACAGAGGUAUUCCCGAACCCAUUCACCUCUGGUGAUGGGAAACCUCAGCAUGCCGACUUUGGACAUUUCUAUGGAUCCAGCCAUUUCUCUGCACCUGAUGCUUCGUGCACCCCAUCACUAUCUCGCUACCGAGAUGGCUUGAUGAUAUCUGACAUGGAUCUCAACUUAUGCCGCCAGAUCAAAGACAAGUGGGCCUUCCGCAUGACUGCUCGUUAUGACAUCUAUGCUUCCUUGCUUUCAGAGUACUUGAAGUUAGAUUUUAAGCCUCAAGUCAUCGCUGAUCCCUUAAUCAAUAAGAGGAGGGCAUAAUGCUGAGAUGAUGCUGGAUCAGCUGGAUCUACAAGUAGGGCAGCCUGGCACUUGUGCAGUUAGCACUUUGGAGGAAUUAUCUUUCAAAGGUGCGAUUUGGAAGAAUUCGAUGCCUUUUCUGUUUUUCACUUAAUGUAUAAAAAUAAAAAUAAAUAUAAAUCAGUGUACAUUCUUGCUUAAGGUUCUUCAAGCUGACUUUACUCAAUGUUGGGAACGCUGAACAUCCAUAAUCAUUUCUUUUAUGUUGUAAA